GCUUGCAGUUUUCUUACAAAGUGGGGCAUGGUUUCUGAAUACAGGGUCAUCUUGUUAAAAUAAUCCUAGUAAAAUGAUAUUUGUUGUUUUUUUAUUAAUGGUUGGUUUCACUUUCGCCUCAAAAGUUGAAUCGAAUGAAACCUUUUGGAGCCCAAUGGAGGGUGAUUUGUUUGAAGGAGACAUAAAACUGGUCCCUGGACAGAUAGACUUCGAGCGCAACGCAGUUCUAGAUAGAAGCAGCAGGUGGCCUCAGAACACUAUCUAUUACAAAAUUGACUCAGUUUUUUCAUCUGCACAAAGGGAAGUUAUUCUUCAAGCUAUGGAAGAAUACCACAAACAUACGUGUAUCAAAUUUGUGGAGCGAAGUAAUGAGGAGAAUUAUAUCUUUAUACACUCUAGUGCUGGUUGCUGGUCUCACGUGGGUAAAGUUGGAGGAUCGCAAGAGUUCUCUUUGCAGAUACCAGCUUGCAUCAACAAAGGAAUUAUCAUGCACGAGAUGAUGCACACUAUUGGGUUUUGGCACGAGCAGUCUCGAGCGGACCGUGACCAUUACGUCAACAUUCAUUGGGAUAAUAUCCGUGCACAUCAAAAGCAUAACUUCAACAAGUACACUCUAUUUGAAGUAGAUCACCUAGAAGAAACCUACGACUACAAAUCAAUAAUGCACUAUCACGCCUGGGCUUUUGCUCUGGAUUUUAACAAGCCAACCUUGUCUUCAAAAUCUCCUAGUGUUUCCCUUAAUGAUUUGGGCGUUGCUGUAAGAUUGGAACAGUUCACGGACGGUGAUAAACGGAAAAUAAACAAAUAUUACGAGUGUUGAUUGUGAAAUCAAAUAAACGUUUACAUUCGAAAUCUAGUGUUCCGUGAAUGAUGCUAUAGUUCCUGUGCCUUCAUUUGUUUAUACAUACAAGUACCAUUUUAAAUACUG